CCGUCUGUGAUCAAUCCCCCAACUGGAGAUUUGGUUGCAUCACAGACCCCAGCGCCGAUCUACUGCUUCCCCAUCACCAUGGAGGCUUCUCUUGCCGUCUGCAUCCUCACUGCUCUCCUGGCUACGGGGUCCUGUCUGCAGUGUGAGCAUUGUGUUGGCCUAGGACAGAACUGCACGGGUGACCUACACACCUGCGGCACUGGGGAAGACUUUUGUGGUGUCGUUUUUACGGAAGCCACGCAGGCGGGAGAGAAGGUCCACACCAUUAUCAAGAGGUGUGUGACAUCCAGCCAAUGUGAAGCCGGCCCCGUCUCUAUGAAUUUUGGGCAGGGAAUGACAACAAGGACGGGCGUCGCCUGCUGCGUAGGAGACGCCUGCAGAACAACCACCGUUACAGUGCCCCCGGCUAACACCAAACCCAACGGCCGGAGCUGCCGUGGCUGCUACGUGUUGAAUGCUGAUCAAUGCAAUGAACAAACCAUAGCGUGUACUGGACCUGAGACGCAGUGUAUUGAUGUCGCUGGGACCGUAACGAUGGGUGGAAGUCAAAUGCAGACCAUCAUGAAGGGCUGCGCUUCCGAGUCCGUCUGCGCCCAGAUAGAAGCAGGAUCUCUGACCUUCGCAGGGAUCAGUGCAGAUCUAACCACGGCCAAAUGCACAGCGACCUCCAGCCAAAUGGGCCUGCCUCUGGCAACCACAACCUCCGGCGCGGUGGGCGCGGCUCCGGGGCCAGCCGGGCCCCUCCUCCCAGCCCUCGCUGGGCUCCUCCUGCUGACGCUUCUCUCCUGA